AUGCUCAGGCUUCUGAGACGAGCCUUGGCCUUCUUCCAGAGGAGGGCAGACCCCGCCCAGGAGCAGCACUCCCAGCAGGCCGAGCUCCAGCAAGCUAUCACCCAUUUGAAGCAUAUACAGGGAGUUGUAACACAUUUAUAUGGUAAUUAUGGCUUCAUUGAUCGGUGGAUCUACUUCACUUUUGAUGUUGUCACUGAGAAUACUGCUCUAAGUAUUGGACAAAAGGUCAGGGCAGUUCUGGAAGAAGACAAAACAGCUCAAGAACUGAAAGCAAUCAAAGUAGAUGUUGUCUCUGAUAUUAAUGACUCUGAACCAUCAUACUUUGAAACCAAAGUUAUAACUGCUUGUGUUACCUCUGUAAAUGCAGAUACUGUCUACGCUGAUGAGCAGAUGUACUUCUCCCUAGACAUUGUUUCCAAAGAUUUUAUGCCUUAUAAGGGAGACUGGGUAGAAAUUGAAUACUCUAGCCUUCCUGGCCCAUGCAAUAUCAAGCUGCACUCAGCAAAGCCCUUGUUCCAUAAGCAUCUGGAGGGGGUCUGCAUCACAAGCCUGCGUGGAAGAAAUGGGGUGGUAGAUAAUACUAUCUUUUUCACCUUGGAUUCCCUGAAACUUCCUGAUGGAUAUAGUCCCCACAGAUAUGACAUUGUCAGUGUUGUCAUAGUGGGGAGUAUUCAGUCAUGCUAUGUUUGGAGAGCAAUUUCUAUGACUCCACUGCCAAAAUAGUUAUAAAAAUAUUUUGUUCCCUGUUUAUAUGUUUUCUAUGAGCACUAAAUAGCCUAGUGAACUGAAAAGCUUAGCUUAGUAAGCAUAAGUAAUAUUUAGGUACAACUUCAUGGUAAAUUCAGUUAAGAUACCACAUAGUUCUAUGGAGACCAA